AUGGUGGUUUUGGCCGUCGUCACCUGUCCUGUCCCCUCCGUCUCCGUUAUCUGUCACCGAUGUCGACAGGACGUCCCCUCUCGCAUCAGCACCAGAGCUCCAGGGGCCAGAGCGAGACACCGGCCUGGGGGGACCGAGAUGAACAGACGUGGGGAGUGUAAGCUGUCUGUCAUAGAAACUGCUGGAGAAACCAAGAACAGACAGGAGCACCAGAACAGCAACGCUUCCCUGUGA